GCCGGUUAAGUAGGGGCGAAUUGCCAUAACCAACAAACGCAGUGAAUUCAAGUUUCACACUAAAAGGCGCGAGUAAAACGCAAAUUAAAUUUAUACGUUUACAUUAAUGAAAAAUUCAAAAACGAUAUAAUUUUGGCAAUUACUUUUAAGAUUUAAAGUUUUAUUUAAGUUGUUUAAAUAUAUUUUAUGGAUAAACAAAACUGACCUAAGUCAACAGGUGGCAACGGAGCGAUUUCUAAUGCGCCUGCGCUCUCCCUGGAAUGUAUGUAUCUGCAAGAAGAAGAAAAGUUUUCUUUUUACACAAAAGCCAAAAAGUAAUUCUGGUCAAUGUAAAUCUUUAAAUAAUAUAUUCCGAAAUGCACUUGGAACUGAUAAUUAUAGCUGGUUUAGCUGCCUUUGGCCUGGCAACUGUGGUGGACACCACCACCAAACUGGAGGCCAAUGUGGGCGAAUUGUUCACCUAUAAAAUUGAGCCACAAUUGUUCAAUUGGACCCACCAGGUGAUCAGCGAACAGUUUCGCUAUCGUCCCUCGUUGAAGAGCUAUCCGGAUUUGCCCAGUUGGUUACGUUAUAUGUACAGUCAUGAGUAUCACGCGGGCUUCCUUUACGGGACACCACCCAAAUCCAUUGCGGGCGGACACAUUCAUCUCGAUGUGGUGGCCUUGAAUCGUCAGAACUAUGAGACGCGUCAUGUGGUAAUCUCGUUAUUUGUGGCCCACAAGUUUCCCACUCCGAAUGUGGUGCAAAUGAAAAUUGAUAAUCUCAAUUGGGUGCACUUCAUGGAUCCCGGCAGAGUUGAGAAUUUGAGAAAUAUAUUCCGCAAAGAUCUAUGGCCGGGUAGCAAAGAGGAUCUGAGUGUUAUAUUUAUGGAGUCGGCGGUCAAUAUGGGCGGAAGAUUACCCCUACGGCCGCAGCAACGAGAGGGGGUCAUUGUUCAUGUAGGCAGCUUUGCUCAGUUUUCUCCACGCCUCCAGGAGCUGCAAGAGGAAGUCCGUCCUUUGUAUAAAUUGCCCACUUGCACUUACAAACGGACAUCUGUGCAGAAGAUUUUCGAGAAUGUGGGUUUCAAGCUGGAUUGGUGUGCCUUCAAGAUGGUCGGCGUGGAAUCACCCACCGAGAUACUCUAUCAUAGUGGCAAACAGAACGAGGAGCAACAGCGUCAGCCAAUCGAUCGUUGGAUGGGCAUUUCCCGUGACGAUGUCCCCGUGCGGAAUUAUAUCGAUGAGUUUGCCUUCGCCUUUGCCAUUCCGGGAGUGAUCUUUGCCAUCCUUGUGGGCAUGCUAUCGGCCGUACUUUGCUUCCAUCAUGAGAAGUUUUAUGAUCCACAUUCGGAAUUUUUCUUUGCAAACAUUUUUCACAUCUGUGAAGAGUCUUGCCACCGAAAGUCAAGUAGUGUCACCAGCUCGAACAGUUCACUCCAUUUGGACAUGUCGUCGACGGUGCAAAUGGUACAAUGCUCGGAUACCAAGACAGCUCAACCGAUCACCACUCUAAAGAGUCUCAAGGAUCCUAAUUUCCUUUUGGACAACACUAGCAUUCGUUCUCAAAGUCCCAAUAAUAGUUUCUAUCAGUUGGACUGCGGCACUUCUGUUGGGGGCAGCCUCUAUGCUCGUCCCAAGCCUCCACCCUAUAAGGGUAACAAUGGACUCGGUGUGGAUAUAUGACAAACAUCGCCCAGAGUGCUCUAUUGCUAAGACUACGGACACUUCGGGAGAAUAAAACCAAAAAGUAAAAAAUUUCAAAGCAAUAUUGAAACUUAUUAUAUCACGCAUAUAGACACGCGCAUAAACCAUAUCGAUAAUGGGACUUAUAAAUACUCUACAAAUUAACAAUAAUCAAUAAUAAUCUAGUUUGCUGUUUCAAUUAGUGGCCAUAAAUAAAUUAUUAAUAUUUGAA